AGACUAAGUAUUCUUGCACAGCUGUGGUGACAACUUUGGGGUCUUUAAAGAUGAUAUUUCGUGGUAGUGCAUACCAUUCUUUGAGAUUUUUGGUUAAAUAGUAUUUGUAUGUAUCUUUGAAUGCCUGGAGACUUGGUAUGGAAAGCAAUGGCUGUGUUUAGUUUGGCGGAGGGUAGGAGUUAAUCGGAAAGAUUCUGAUGAUUUAUAUGAUGUCAUGAUUGAUAUUAGUUCUUGUACUGCCGCAAAAAAUGUCACAAUCGAAUGUUCUGCAAAUGGCAGUCCACUUCCCGUGGUAAAUCUCUUUAAGGAUGGCCAUGUUAUCAAGACCAAUAACUUGCGUUUAACAUAUAAGAUAGACAUUGUAACAGAGAGUGAUGGAGGAAGCUACAAAUGUAAAGCGAAAAACAGAGCUGGUUCUAAAGAAAGUGAAACAACAGUUCUCAAUUAUUAUCCACCUGAAUAUGUUGAUUACAUUACUGUUGCUCCUAGUGAGAAUGUCACUAUUGCACCAGACAUUUUAGCUAAUCCUGAAUUCACUUGCCAAUGGAUCACUGAAUUGAAUGAUACAGAUACAGACCCAACGACCUUCACAUUCAAGGCAUCAGACGUUGUUGGAACAAACUAUACAAUAAUAGUGAAUGCUACUAAUAACAUUGGAUCAGCAAUCAAAUCAUUCAAAGUCACUGUCUCAAGUGUUGACUAUUGUGUUUCUAAUCCAUGUGGAAAUAAAGGGACUUGUAUACCUGCUAAUUUUGCGUUUACUUGUGAAUGUGAACAAGGCUACAGUGGGAGAUAUUGUGAAAAUAGCAUUUACGGCACAAGUUUGACAAUUGGAAUGUUGUUUGUGGGUAUAAUUGUUGGAGCCUUCGGAGUAAUUGGUGGAUUGAUCGGCUACACGAGGAUUAAACGGAAGGCACAGAUAGGCAAGAGGAGUGCGAACCAGAGACAGAACUUAGAUACUUACAUGGACUACGUAGGAGAUGAUGGUCCAACUUACCAAGAUCUACAACAUAGAGAAGAAGAAACAACUUAUGUUAAUGCGAUGCCGAGAAAGAAAUAAGAGUAGAGAGAGCAGUAGCUAGUUGGAGUGAAUGCUUGUUACUUGUGCAAGGGUCAUUAUAAUCACAGCGAAAUUUAUCACUGAUGAUUGUACAACCGCGAAUCCAAGAAUUGUUUUAAGCUCUGUCCAGAUUAUGAUUUUUUUUUUUUUACAAAAUAUGUAGUAUGUCCACGUAAAAUCAUGAUGUGCCUAUUUGGUGAUGAUAAUGAUGUCAUCAGACCAUAUUUAGACAUGUCACAUGUUUUUAAAAAUAACAUUUGAUAGUCUGGACAGGGCUUAAGUCACGUGUCACUCCAAAUAUCAUACAUAACUCACAUAGAUUAAUAUAUAUUAUUAUUAUAUUUAAAACACUAUGCUUAGAAAAGGUAGCAUAUGAUGAAGUUGACAAAGCACAUAGUUAGUCAACACUUUAAUAUACUUUUUUAACAACCUUUAUAACCGUAUAUAAUUUUAGACUAGACAAACGUUUGAAUGUAAUGAAUCCCAUAUAUCGAACUUGGACGUUUAUAUAAUCAUUUACUAUUUUGGAUAAGGACAAAAUGUUUGUGCCGAUUUACCGUCCAGACGCGUGUACAGCUCUGGAAGAAAUAUAUCGUUGCAAAUAUCUUACCAUUAUUGGCAUAUUUUGAGUUUAUAUGCAUGUCUAUUAAAGUAUCAUUAAUAAUAAAUAUUGGACGAGGUCUUGUCACGCUACAAAAGCAGCACGUGUGAGAAGUCAUUAUUCAAAUUCCGUUCGUACUGUACAGUAAAGGCAGCAGAGUAUUUAGUAGGUAAGUGCCACUUCAGUGAGUGCGACUGACACAAUCUCGUGUAUUUUUACGAAAUAUAAUGGAAUAAAAUCUAUUGACCAUGUUAAUCACUAAAAUAAGUCAAUAUGUGAAAUAUUGCUGAAUAUAUAAAUAAAAUGAAGUCUAUUAUAGACUACAUCAUUCACAACAUUUUAGCAUGUAUUGAAUAAUCUAUUUACCAUAUGUUUACCAGUAGG